UUUUCCUUCAUCUUCUCUCCUACAAUUCGUUCCCCGCAAUCUUCUCCCCGCGUUCGUUCCAACCCCGAUCAACGCUUAGACGUCAUCAACGUGGCCGUGCGCCGGACGUCUCCAAGCCAGCCUCUUUGCACCGUGUCAGCUCGUAGGCUCAAACCCUAAUCUUAUCUCCAAGUGCCUUUGCGAUCAUCCGCGGGCGAGAAGGAUUACAAGCUUUGGUCUUGUGCUGUGCUAGAGUUCUAAAGCCCACCCUCGUUCUACCUUCCGGUCCAGCCACUUAGACACCAACUUCUGGAUCAAGAGUGAGACCGGGACGGGCCUUGGGAUAUCCACUUCAGCGCGUCCGUUUCCAGCACUGGUCAACGCAUGACACGAGCGUGAGCAGUGAGCCCAGGAGACACAUUUCGCAAGAGUCGUAUGUCUCUUUGUUACAUCGGAUAGACGAUACCAUGCAUGACCAUCUUCCACCACGGGCAGCAGCUAGACAGACUGGAAAUCGUGAAGAAACUCGUUCACACAACCAAGCCAUGGCCCCUUCACAGUCUGUAUCUCCGCCCUCCAGGCAGCACUCCGAGGAGUCAUGGAUUGAGCUUGGAUCAGGACCAUCUUCAUCAUCCCUCUCUUCCGUCGCUGACGAGAUCAUCACGACUGGCCUUACUGUCCAGCACGACUCGAAUAUGCACAGACGCAAUAGACCAAGACAAUCACAAGGGGGCGGCACGUUCCAAGUUGGCACGGGAUUCAGAGUAGCAGGCGCCGGAGGAGGGACCAGUAGCCAAGAAGAGUACGACGAGAGUGAGAGCGAGUCUGAUAGAGUGAUGACGUCCUCGAAUGAGGCCAUCGCUCCAUCACCACUUCGAAAUGAGCUUCACCGCCCACCUCGAGGUCCACACUCAGUCGCUUCGUCAGAGACGACAUCAGAAAGAGAAGAUGAAGAAGAUGACGAGAAUGCGACGGCGGUCAAUUACCCCAGAUCAUCCGGACGAGGCUUCCAACCACGGCCAAACGCGUUCUCGCAUCCGAACACCCAACCUACCAUCCGAUCACAGUCGGGUACAGUUCAUACACCCCGCAGAACAGCAACACGACCAAGUCACCCACGACAGCAUUCCUACCCCCAACACUCACCGUAUAACAUACUGUCACCCAACCACCACACAGACCAAGACGAAGCCCUCCGCGCCAGCCUAUCUACCCUCCUCUCCGCCGCCGCCGCAGUUCGGGGCCUUCCAAAACCUGGUCAACCGCGCACCGUGCCCACCACCUCCUCUCGCAUGGACCCCACGUCCCUCCGCCUCGUCCCCGAAUCUGUUGCACUCGGCGACAUAAUGGAGGAAAGCAGCAGUAUCCCUUCAUCCACGUCCCCACUCUCUACCUCCUCCGAUAAACCCAAGCGUAAGGCCAUUGCACGCAGCAACAGCAAAGACCGCCGUGUUGUCAAGAAAGCAAGGAGUACGGGCCCGCUUAUCGAGGAGAUCAGUCCUACGCUGCUCACAUGGGUUGUUAGUGCGAGUGUGCUUGUGCUUCUAAGUGCAUUAAGCUUCUCGGCGGGGUAUGUUGUUGGGAAGGAAGCUGGCCAUGCAGAGGCUAUAGGCGUCGGGAAGGAAGCUGGGGGAUGUGGAAAGGAGUUGAAGGGUGGGUUGGGGCUGAGGAAAUUGAGGUGGAGCGGAGGUGCUGGAAUAAAGGCCUGAGGCUAUGCAGAGCAUGAUCGAGGUUUGACUGGGAGCAAUUAUAAAUAUGGUUUGAGGUCUGGCAGCAUCGUUCCAUGCGGGAGAGCACAAAUUGGACAGAUGGUAUCGUCCUUGAUUUAUGGCGUUCAUUCCUUCAGUUUAAUAGCGUUGAUUCGUCCUGGUAUGGGGAUUGCUGGCGUUGAUUUGGUGUUAUGGUAAUGGUAUGUAGCAUGUAUGCUUCAGAGUCAUGGUUACGACUCCAUGCGACUUGGGUCGACAUCUCCGUUCAAAUAGUCCUAACAUUGAGCUCAUCGUUUCCAUGGGAGUAACAGCGAACAUCCAUUGUACUCAAAAAUUUAUUCUUACAUACCUUGCCG